AAGAGCCGGCGGUGUCAGCCGGCCGGGGCCGCGGCUCCGGGCCGGGCCAGCGGGACACGGAACAGGAGCCGGCAGGCAGGAAGGAUGGCCGGGAACAGCCUGGUGCUGCCCAUCGUGCUGUGGGGCCGCCGCGCCCCCACGCACUGCGUGUCCUCCCUGCUGCUCAUGGACGGCGCCUCCGUCAUCGUCACGGGCUGCCACGACGGGCAGAUCUGCCUGUGGGACCUCGCCCCGGACCUGCAGAUUAAUCCCAGAGCUCUGCUGUUUGGUCAUACAGCCUCAGUUACUUGUUUAUCCAAGGCCUCAGCUUCCAGUGAAAAACAAUAUAUAGUGAGUGCAUCCGAGAGUGGGGAGAUGUGCCUGUGGGAUGUGAACGAUGGGAGAUGCAUCGAGUUCACCAAGCUGGCCUGCGCACACACUGGAAUCCAGUUCUAUCAGUUUACAGUCGGCUCUCAGCGGGAGGGGAGGCUCUUAUGCCAUGGACAUUAUCCAGAAAUUCUGGUCGUGGAUGCAACCAGCCUUGAGGUUCUUUAUUCCUUGAUAUCCAAGAUCUCUCCUGACUGGAUCAGCUCCAUGAGUAUCAUCCGAUCCAACAGGACACAAGAGGACACGGUGGUGGCAGUUUCCGUGACCGGCAUCCUGAAAGUCUGGAUAAUCACCUCGGAAGUCAGUCGGCUCCAGGAUACCACGCCGGUGUUCGAGGAGGAGUCCAAGCCCAUUUACUGCCAGAACUGUCAGAGCAUUUCCUUCUGUGCGUUCACCCAGCGCUCGCUGCUGGUCGUGUGCUCCAAGUACUGGAGGGUUUUUGAUGCUGGGGAUUAUUCCCUCUUAUGUUCAGUCCCCAGUGAAAACGAUCAGACCUGGACUGGUGGGGACUUUGUGGCAGCUGAUAAAGUGAUUGUGUGGACAGAGGAUGGACAAAGUUUUAUCUAUAAAUUACCAGCCAGCUGCCUCCCAGCCAGCGACUCGUUCCGCAGAGAUGUGGGGAAAGCAGUGGAAAACUUGAUUCCACCUUUACUGUACAGCGUGUUGGACAGAGCAGAUAAACAGCUCCUGAUAUGUCCUCCAGUUACUCGGUUCUUCUGUGCACAAGGAGAGUUUUCCUACAAGCUGCUGAUCCAAGGAGACUCCUCGGGGCGACUGUGCAUUUGGAGCGUGCCUGACACCCUUGAACAGCAAGAGAGUGCGAGAGGCCUGCAAACAACCACCUCCGUAUCCCUGCAGGAAGCUUUUGACAAGCUCAGCCCCCGUCCCGCCGGCAUCAUCGACCAGCUGAGCAUCAUCCCCAACGUGAGCGAGCCGCUGCGGGUGACGGCCAGCGUGUACAUCCCGGCGCACGGGCGGCUGGUGUGCGGCCGCGAGGACGGCAGCAUCGUCAUCGUGCCGGCCACGCAGACCGCCAUCGUCCAGCUGCUGCAGGGGGAGCACAUGCUGCGCAGAGGUUGGCCGCCCCACCGGACGCUGCGAGGCCACCGGAACAAAAUCACGUGUUUGCUGUACCCUCACCAGGUCUCCUCCCGCUACGACCAGCGGUACCUGAUCUCGGGAGGGGUGGACUUCUCCGUCAUCAUCUGGGAUAUCUUCUCGGGAGAGAUGAAGCACAUCUUCUGUGUCCACGGCGGAGAGAUCACCCAGCUGCUCGUGCCCCCAGAGAACUGCAGUGCCAGAGUGCAGCACUGCAUUUGCUCCGUUGCCAGUGACCACUCGGUGGGCCUGCUGAGCCUGAGGGAGAAGAAGUGCAUCAUGCUGGCAUCCCGCCACCUCUUCCCCAUCCAGGUCAUCAAGUGGAGGCCUUCUGACGACUACCUGGUGGUGGGGUGCUCCGAUGGCUCCGUGUACGUCUGGCAGAUGGACACCGGUGCCCUGGACAGGUGUGUGAUGGGCAUCACGGCGGUGGAGAUCCUGAACGCGUGUGACGAGGCCGUGCCCGCCGCCGUGGACGCGCUGAGCCACCCGGCCGUGAACCUGAAGCAGGCCAUGACGCGCCGCAGCCUGGCCGCCCUCAAGAACGUGGCCCACCAGAAGCUCCAGACCCUGGCCACCAACCUGCUGGCGUCCGAGGCCUCGGAUAAGGGGAAUUUACCGAAAUACUCCCAUAACUCCCUGAUGGUUCAGGCUAUCAAGACCAACCUGACAGACCCAGACAUCCACGUGCUGUUCUUUGAUGUGGAGGCCCUGAUUAUCCAGCUGCUGACCGAGGAGGCCUCCCGGCCCAACACCGCCCUCAUCUCCCCAGAGAACCUCCAGAAAGCCUCCGGGGGCUCUGACAAGGGAGGCUCCUUCCUCACUGGCAAACGGGCAGCCGUGCUCUUCCAGCAGGUCAAGGAAACCAUCAAGGAGAACAUCAAAGAGCACCUUCUGGACGACGAGGACGAGGAUGAGGACGCCCUCAGGCAGCGCAGGGAAGACGGCGACCCGGAAUAUCGCUCCAGCAAAUCCAAACCCUUGACUCUGUUGGAGUACAACCUCACCAUGGACACGGCCAAGCUGUUCAUGUCCUGCCUGCACGCCUGGGGCCUGAACUCCGUGCUGGAUGAGCUGUGCCUGGAUCGCCUCGGCAUGCUGAAGCCGCACUGCUCCGUGUCCUUCGGCCUCGUGUCCAGGGGAGGCCACAUGUCCCUGAUGCUCCCUGGCUACAACCAGCCCGUGGGCAGAGCGGCCCGUGACAGCGGGGAGCUGGGCAGGAAGAUGUCUGUCACGGAGGGGCUGGGCAAGGGCACCUACGGCGUGUCCCGCGCCGUCACCACCCAGCACCUGCUCUCCGUCAUCUCCCUGGCCAACACCCUGAUGAGCAUGACCAACGCCACCUUCAUCGGGGACCACAUGAAGAAAGGUCCCACCAGGCCACCCAGGCCCGGCACCCCGGAGAUGGCCAGAGUGAAGCCACCCCCUCCCAUUUCCAGCCAUGCAGCACAAGGACAAAUUAAACAAGUUGCUCCUGCUGCUCCUUCUAACACGGAAUCUGGGCACUCUGACACUGCUCCUCCUUUACAUUCCUGUUUCUUAGUCAAUGAAGGCUGGAGCCAGCUGGCUGCCAUGCACUGCGUGAUGCUCCCGGACCUGCUGGGGCUGGAUAAAUUCCGGCCUCCUCUGCUGGAGAUGCUGGCGCGCCGCUGGCAGGAUCGCUGCUUGGAGGUGCGGGAGGCGGCGCAGGCGCUGCUGCUGGCGGAGCUGCGGCGCAUCGAGCAGGCGGGACGCAAGGAGACCAUCGACGCCUGGGCCCCCUACCUGCCCCAGUACAUGGACAGCGUCAUCUCCCCUGGAGUGACCACAGAAGCCAUUCAGACUGGCACUGCCAGCCCAGAUUCCGUGGGAACAGAAGCAAAAGUGCAGGAGGAGGAGCAGGAUCUGGUCGAUGACGACAUUGCAGCAGGGUGUCUCUCGGGUCUCCCCCAGCCCAAGAAGGUCUCCACGUCCUACGAGGAGAGGCGGAAACAAGCCACGGCCAUUGUCCUGCUGGGAGUCAUCGGGGCAGAGUUCGGAGCGGAAAUCGAGCCUCCCAAACUCCUCACCCGGCCCCGGAGCUCCAGCCAGAUUCCCGAGGGAUUCGGCUUGACCAGCGGCGGAUCAAAUUAUUCCUUGGCCCGGCACACGUGCAAGGCGCUGACAUUCCUGCUGCUGCAGCCGCCCAGCCCGAAGCUGCCUGCGCACAGCACCAUCCGCAGGACCGCCAUCGACCUCAUCGGCCGCGGCUUUACCGUGUGGGAGCCCUACAUGGACGUGUCGGCCGUGCUCAUGGGGCUGCUGGAGCUCUGCGCCGACGCCGAGAAGCAGCUGGCCAACAUCACAAUGGGGCUGCCCCUGAGCCCGGCGGCCGACUCGGCGCGCUCGGCCCGGCACGCGCUGUCCCUCAUCGCCACAGCCCGCCCGCCCGCCUUCAUCACCACCAUCGCCAAGGAGGUGCACAGGCACACAGCCCUGGCGGCCAACACGCAGUCGCAGCAGAACAUCCACACCACCACCCUGGCCCGCGCCAAGGGCGAGAUCCUCAGGGUCAUCGAGAUCCUCAUCGACAAGAUGCCGACCGACGUCGUGGACCUGCUGGUGGAGGUGAUGGACAUCAUCAUGUAUUGCCUGGAAGGAUCUUUAGUUAAGAAAAAGGGUCUUCAGGAAUGUUUUCCAGCCAUCUGCAGGUUCUACAUGGUCAGCUAUUACGAGCGGAGCCACCGCAUCGCCGUGGGAGCUCGGCACGGGUCAGUGGCGCUCUACGACAUCCGCACCGGCAAGUGCCAGACCAUCCACGGCCACAAAGGACCCAUCACCGCCGUGGCAUUCGCCCCUGAUGGCCGGUACCUCGCCACCUACUCCAACUCUGACAGCCACCUGUCCUUCUGGCAGAUGAACACGUCUCUGCUGGGAAGCAUCGGGAUGCUGAACUCGGCGCCGCAGCUGCGCUGCAUCAAGACGUACCAGGUGCCGCCGGUGCAGCCGGCAUCGCCCGGCUCCCACAACGCCCUGCGCCUCGCCCGCCUCAUCUGGACCUCCAACCGCAACGUCAUCCUCAUGGCCCACGACGGCAAGGAGCACCGCUUCAUGGUCUAGGAGGAAGCAGGUGCCGGCAGGGGAAGAGGGUCCUGGCGUGGCCUGGCAGAGCGGGAUCAGCAGCACCUCGUCCCGACCC